AUGGCUUCUGUCUCGUCUUUGGACAGGGACCUUUCCCGCUUACGCCUUGGAAAGUAUACGCCUCAGGCCUCGCAGGAGAUCAAGGAUUGGAUCACCGCUACGCUCAACGAGAAUCUCGGUAAUGAGGAUUUGAUGCUGGUUUUGAGAGAUGGAAGUAUACUCUGCCGUCUUGCAAACCUCUUGGGAGAGUCUCCCCAAAUUCGUUUCAAGAAAUCAGCAAUGCCUUUCGUUCAGAUGGAGAAUAUUUCACAUUUUCUGUCCUUUGUUGCACGCCCUCCUGUCUCGCUCCCUCCUCACGAUCUCUUUCUCACGGUCGACCUCUACGAGCAAAAAGACCCAGCUCAAGUUUGUCAGUGUAUCACCUCGUACUCCCGCAUUGCCCAUAAACUGAAACCAGGAACCUUCCCGACAACCAUCGGUGGGCUUAAAGUCACGGCACAGCUCUCGCCUCAGCUAUCUGGUGGUGCGGGUAGCUCAUGGACCGGGGGUUCUAGAAAAGUAUCAGGAGGCUCUGCCGGCCGUGGGGGAGGAGGUAGCAUUGUAUCCGGGUAUUCCGGGUCCAGUAGCACGGCUAGACCUUCCGUGCCGCCGCGAAAGGCAGCUGUAAGCACCUGGAGCAAGAGCUCGGAUGAAACAGCUACUCUGCCCGCCUGGAAUAUAGCUCAGUAUGGGUACAUAGGUGGAGCUUCGCAAGGAAAUCAGGGGAUCUCGUUUGGUGCUAGACGACAAAUCACUAAUAACCCGGCGGUGAAGAGCACGACUGCAACAUCACCUCCACCUACCAUGAGCUUUGCAGAGAAACGCCGAGAGGAGGGGGCAAAGAAGCGGGAGGCCGAAGCCCAAGAGGAGCGAAAGCGGGAGUUACAAGCUGCCGAUGAACGACGAAGAGCUAUUGAAGAAGCAGAUAGAUGGCGGAAGGAGGAGGAGAGGACGGCAAUCGAACAGGAACGGAGGAGAUGGAAGGAGGAGGAGGAGAAGCGAAGGCUAUGGCAGCGUGAGCAGGACAACAAAAGGGAAUUGGAACGCAAAAGGGAAGAGUUCGCAUUCGAGCGCCGCGAAGAGGAGGCUAGGAGAGUUAGGGAUAGAGAAGCACAACUAAGGCUAGAUAGAGAGAAGAAGGAGCGCGAGCGAGAACGUGAGCGGAUCAGACAACUGGAAAGGGAGCUCGAAAAAGCUCGCGAGCGAGAGCGAAUCUACGAAGCAGAGAAGGAGGAGAGAAGACGACAAGACACGGAGAGAAUGCGUCGGGACGCCCAAGAAAUGGCCAUUAGAAAACACCGAACCGGCGAACCUCCUUCAACACCAUCCCCCUCAAAAGCCAACUUUAUCCGAAGCCACAGGACCGGUGAUCGGGACCGAGAUCAAGAGUCUGAAAGAAUGUUCCUCCAAACCUGGCAAAACGACAACACCCCACCCCCACAAACACCUCCCCGUCACCAGCAAGUCGGCUCACCAAUCCCCCAACCUCGUGCUCUCCCGACACCACCGCCUCGAAAACUCCCCCCCGCGCCAAUAGCUAACCAUAACACAUCAGUUAACCAUAGCACAUCAAACGCUUACUACGCGGCAGAACCCAUGCAACCCAGCCGCUCCUGGGAAACCAACGACGACGCCUUAGACCCUGAUUAUGAGCGGGAGGAACUUGAAAAACAGCAAGCGUACAAAUGGGCCAGCAUGUCACUCCUAGAACGCGAGCGAGAGCGCGAGCGCCAGAGACAGAAGGAAUGGGAGGCCAACCAGAGGGAAGUUGAACAGCGCGUUCCAAUAGCGGCCACGGAAGAUGUGGCUUGGGACGUGAAUCAAUAUGGUUACCUUGGCGGAGCGAAUCAAGGCAAGAUGGGGGUUGCCUUUGGAGCCAGAAGGCAGAUUAUUGGGCCGAGGGGGCGGUAAUAGGAGAGGAAGAGGUAGAGGGGAGAGGGAGUGGAAUUGGGGUUGUCUGUCGUUAGAUUUUUCUUUUGUUAUUGUGUCUCCUUUUUUGUCUCUCGCUGUGUGUCGUUUGGUGUACGUAGAUUGGGUUUUUGGAGUCGGUCCAGUACAGUAAGUUAGAUAUAAUCGAAUGGGUAUAGGUGG